GCUAACUACCGGCAGUUCCACGGUCACAAACUCACACUAUAACCCGCCUUUUCGCGCUAACAUGCGCCGUGGGAGUAAAAGUCAUAGUUCACCCACCAAAGUCCCGAUUCGGAUCCGCCCGUAUCCUCUACCGGCUCACGUUAGCCUCGUCUCCUCGGAAUGGCACUCGUCGCGUUUCUCCCCUCUUACAAGUCCCUCUCUUUCCCACGAAUUCAAAACCCUCGACUCCACAAUCCACAUCAAAAGCAAGAGAUCUCGUCCCUUCAUCUCAAAACGAAACUGCACCGAAUUCGUUCGUCCGCCACCGGCGGACCGGAGAAAGAUACGAACCAGAAGAAGACCGUACAAGAGAUUGCAGAUGAAGAAGUGGACUUGGGGGUUAGAGCUGCAUUAUCCAUGCUUAAAUUCUACAAAAGAGAGAUCUCACCAUUGUUGCCAUCUAGCUGCCGGUACGUGCCGACAUGCAGCGAGUAUUCCAUGCAAGCAUACAAGAAAUAUGGUGUUGCAAAGGGCACGAUUUUGACAGCUUGGCGUCUCUGCCGCUGCAAUCCUCUUGGUGGGUCUGGAUUCGAUCCUCCUCGCUGGUUUGAUGAGAAAAGACCACCUGAAGAAUGAGGAUAUCUGACAGUAUGGCUGUUUGGAGCUUCAUCAAAGUCAUUUGAUCAUUUGUGUUGGCAAGGUAUGAAUGAAUGAAUGGUACAGAUCCAUGACUGACUAUGCCAAAUGUCAGUUAAAAGAUUUAGGACGUUACUGUCAAGCGCUCUAUCUACUUGUGGAAGUCAUGUGGGUGAAGGGAACCAUUCAUCUGUUGUGCUCUGCUAUGAAUAGGCCAUGAAAUCAUACUGGUUGGAAGAAUUUUGGCCAUUGGAUGGAGAUUGAUGUUUGGGUUAUUAUUAUUUUUUCAGCUGCCCAUUUGUAACUCUCCAAAGUGCCUUAAUUGCUGAGCUAGGAGGAUGGUUAAACCAUUGUGAUUUUCAGGUAUGGCUCAUCCAUGGCAGGCUGCAUGGAUCAAAGGUCUAUUUCUCAUACAUGCAUGACACAUGUUUAGUGUGAGGAACUUGCAUGGGACCCACUCACUUGUGGGCCCAUGUCCAAUAAAAGCAACAUGUAAUUUCUUUGUGUGUAAUAUGGUAAAAAACAUAUUUUUAUCUAAAUAAGGUAGUAAAUUAAAUGUGGACUGGUUUAAACUGUCCAUUAUUUUCA